AUGCCAUUGCUGUCAUUUUAUUAUGAAGGUUACAUCACUACACUAAUAUUUGGUAAUAGAAGGAAAUGGAAUUCUGACUACUUCAUUGUCAUGAUUGGCAUAGUCAUCUCAUUAGCAGUAUCCCUUGCAGCAGCUGUGAUAUGGACCUGGACAUGCAAAUCUGAGUCUGAGGAGCAGCACCCAACUGUCUCAUAUCAUAAAAAAUGUAUCAGCAAUCUACAGCUCAAAUCCGAGUCAGGUACUACUGAGUAUACUAUAGAUACUGGAUUUAUAGUUGAUAGCCAUGCCACAACUGGUCCCAAUAAGUGUGGUUAUAAGACCACUGAUCCUGUGAACUAUUAUGGUCAUCUGGUACCGCCUGCUCUGUGGUCCUUUUCCGUAUGGGACUACUUUACUCCAUAUAUCCUGGAAUUGCUCCUGGCCCAGACACUACAUGAUAAUGCCAGCUCACUAGAAACUGCACUAGGUCAACUAACUGCUGAUGCUGCUAGAAAUGCUAAACGAAAGGUCACUAAACUGAAAGUAGCCGCCAAUGAACUUAAAGGCUUACUCACAGAUCUUAAUAGUGCUAGUGGUUUUGAACUGGUUUCUAAGGGAAAAUUGGUCCUUGCAAAGUACAAUGAGGUAGAACGUUUGUACAAAGAAGUGGCAACAGAUGAACAAGCAAAAAAGCGGACACAACAAUUUGAACAAGUUACAACUGCAUUCGAAGCACUUCAAACUGACUCAACUGCUGAUGGUCAAUCUACCAAUGAAAUUACCAACAUUAGGAACAAUGAUAUCAAAGGCGAUACUGGAAAAGGUGAUCAACUCGAUGCUAAAGCCGGACAACUAAAGAGUGCGGCUGACUCACUUUCCACAAAAGCAGGUCAACUAGAAGAGGCUGCUAAGCAGGGUGGUCCACUUAAACCACUUGAAGAACCAGCCGGAUCUCUCAGAGAUGCAGCCAAGAAAGAUCCUACUAGUGGUGAUACUGAAAGUCUACAUUAUCAUGCAGGACAACUAGCCACUCAGCCUAGUGGUCUUGAAGGUUUGGCCACCGCUGUCAUAACUAAGUUUGACGAUGUCACUACUAAAUACAAUGCACUAAUGGAAAAAGCUAAAAGAAUUAAUCAGGAAACUAAUCAAAAGGUCACCGAUGUUGAAACCAAAUUUGAAGAACUGAAGGCUAUCUAUGAUGGGAUCCUAAACCUUACCAAACUCAAGACUAAGGCCAAAGCACUCAAAUCAACUGCUGAGGGUCAGACUACCACUGAACUUAAUACACUUGGCCAGAAACCUACAGAACUAGCCACCAAGGCCCAAACACUUUCGGAUGAAGCCAAAUUAAUAAGUGAUUCUGAACUUAGUCCUCAAGCCCAAAAACUUAAGGAUGCAGCCAAGAAAGAUGGUCUUGAUGAUACUGAUAGUCUACAUAAAAAGGCAACCGAGCUAUCCAGUAAUACUACUUAUGAAAAGGCCAAAGAUGUCAUAGAGGCAUUCGACACUGUCAAGCAUAACUUUGAUCAACUGAUCAAGGUAGCCAUUGAAAAUAACAAACUCCAUGAUCCACUCGUCCAGAAUGUCAAAUCCAAAUUUGAAGAUCUCACUACCUACUACGAUACAAUGAUGCCUUUCACUAAGAUCAGGUAUUAUUCCGAUAAGAUAUCAACCGAAGCCACCACUCUACGCAACUCUGGUUCUGGUACUACUGAGGCCUACAAGAUAGUUAAAUACUUUGACUCUAUGGAACAUGCUUGCAACAAACUAGGUGGGGAUGAUAGGCAAAAGGUUGAGAAACAGUUCGAGGCUCUCAAGGAUCUGUAUGACAAUAUACUAAACGUUACCAAAAUGAAACAUUACUCAGAUCAAGUGUACAUUAAGGCUCCACAGAUAGCUACUGGUAAUGCUACUCCUUCUGAAGUGAAAACCCUCAUCGAUAAGUUAGAGAAUGUAUACAAUGCCCUAGGUACAAGUAAUCUGGGUGCUCAAAAUAAUGUCAAAGAUGCCUGGGAGGCUCUCAAAAAUGUCAUCGAUGGUGCCAUGAAGUGGUGGAAAUUCUGGUGGAUCAUUGCUCCUUCAAUUAUCUGUCAGUGGUCAAAAGCUAUUUACAGUUAUAGUACUGAUGAGAAACUUAGAGCAGCAGCUGGUACAAGUGAAUCCGAACCUUCUGAUGGACUUCGAGCACUUGCUAAAGCACUACACGAUAAAGCCAAUGCCCUUAACACUGCAGUUACUGCUACUGAUAAUGCUGAAGCCGCCAGAGUACUACAACAUAAGGUUGGUAAAGAUGAUACAACUGAUGGUAAACUAAGGAAACUCGCCAAGACACUUUAUGAAAAAGCAAAAGAACUAGCCAGUGCAGCUCCUGGUACACAUGACAAUGCGCUUAAACAAAAAGCUGGUGAAAAUGAAAAUGAUGGACUCAGAAAUCUGGCCAAAGAACUCUACGAGGCAGCCAAAGCACUUCAAGAAGCAGUUGGUGAAGGUGGUACUGGUUAUACAGAAGCAAAUGAACUUGCCACCGCUGUCGGUCAAGAUGAAUCCAACGGUAUUAGACACGCCCUCAAAAAUGUUUCUAGUGAUCAAAAUCAGGCCAAAGCUGUUAAAGAUGCAUACGAAGAUACCAGUGGUGAUGGUGUCAAACCUAAAUUCGAAAAGGUUAAGAAACUGGGUUCUUCCUAUAAGGCUAUUUCUUCUAUUAGAUCUCAAUACGAAGCAGUUACUAGUCCUGGUGACCCUAAAACUAAAGCCCAAGAACUUAAAGAUGCUGUCGGUCAAGAAGAAACCUCUCCUGGUACACUUCGAGAGGCACUCGCAUCACUUGGUACUCACAAUGCUGGUCAACCUGGUGAUCUACCUACUCUGGCCAAUGCUGUUAAAGAUAAAUACAAAGAAGUCAAAGGUGCCUAUGACGAAGUUGUGAAACAAAAAGAAAGUUAUACUCAAGGUCAGGGUAAACCAGAAUAUACACAAGUUGUGAAUGAUGGAAGACUUUCAAUCAUGCCUAAAUAUGAUAUCAAAGGCACUAGUGAAAAAGGUAAAUAUCUGGAGGAGAAGGCCAAAGAACUCGAGUCUAAGGCCAACACACUUAAAAACACUGCUGAAAGUAAGUUUAGUGAUGCCGGUAAUGUCGGAGCUGCAGCCGGAGACCUAGCCAGUAAGGCCGAAGCGCUGAACAGAGCAGCCACUGCAUUACCUGGUGGUGAAGAACUUACUGAACUUCAAGUUCCAGCCACAGCUCUAGCUAAGGCAGCCAAAGGUCCUGAUACUGGUACUGAUAAAACUAGUCUAUAUACUAAGGCAUCCGAACUAUCCGGUGAUCAAACUAAUCACGAUAAGGCCAAAGCAGUCAUAGAAGCAUUCGGCAAGGUCAAAGCCGCAUACGAAACACUGGCAGGCCAGGAUAAAUACAAACAAUAUAAAGAUCAACCAUCACCACCACAAUCUCCUGAACAACGAAAGGUCCAGAACGUUGAUGAUGCUUGGGGGAAGGUCAACACCCAAUUCGAAGCACUUUGUAAGGCAGUCAUCAAACAGUUUGCAAAUGAAGUGGAAUCAAAGGCAACUACACUCCAAGACAAAUAUGACAAAUUCAAAGACGUCAAAUCCACCAUCGAAAUCAAAACCGGCACCAGCAACAGCACCAGCACCAAAACCAUCAAAGUCACUAAUCUACCUCAUAUCAAUGACACUUUUAAACCCAGACAAAUCAAAUUCUGGUGGAUCAUUACUCCUUCCAUAGUUACUAAGUGGUUAAAAUUCCUCACCCAUAAACUAGCUCUUGAUACUGUUACUGAUGACAAACUUAGAGUCGCAGCUGGUGCAAAUAAAACCCAAGGACUCCGAGGAAAGGCCCAAACACUAUAUGAGAGAGCCAAUGACCUAUACAGUGCAGUUAUUGAUGUUAGUAAGGAUGAUGCUGCCAAAGUACUCAAGGCUAAGGCUGGUGGAAAAGAUGAUGAGGGUAAACUUAGGAAGCUCGCAGAAAAACUACAUGGUGCAGCCAACAAACUAGCCCAGGCAGUUGGUGCUAAAGAUGACGAUGCUCCCCAAAAUCUUGCUAAUGAAAUCGGUGAAAAUGAAACCACUAAAGAUAAACUUCGAGACAAACUAAGAGAACUUGCUGAAGCUGAUACUAGUCAACUUGAAGAACUAAAACGUAAGGCCACUGCUGUUAAACAACAAUACGAUGCAGCCAAUCUUAAAUUCGCUGAAGUUGAGAAACAAAAUAAAGAAGAUAAAUAUAAAGAUGGUGACCGACCGGAGAAGUAUCAAGCAGUUGAGAAGGCAUGGGAUGCUUUCAAUUCUGUGUAUAAGCCUGAAGAACUACUUAAAGAUGCUGUGGGUGAUGGUGCUGGUGAAUCCAGGGGACUCCAACUGAAACUCAAUCAACUUGGUACUGCUGGUACUGGUGAUAUAAAAAGUCUGGCCAAAGCUGUUAAAGAGAAAUACAGCAAAUUCGAUGGUAGUGGUGUGAAACAGAAAUUCCAAUUUGUUCAGGCUCAAGCUUCUGCCUACGAAGCUGAGAGUGGUAAUAUUAAAUCCGAGAAAUACACUCCACUUGUCACUGCUUGGAUUAAUUUUAAUGUCUAUAAAAAGUUUAUAAAUAAAUGUUACGAAUGUGUAAAGUAA